AUGCAGAUGCUAACAAAGUUUGAAAGCAAAAGUAAUAGAUGCAAAGGUCUCGCGUUUCACCCUAAGCGACCAUGGAUCUUGGCCUCCUUGCAUAAUGGGUGUAUUCAGCUCUGGGAUUAUCGUAUGGGAACUUUACUUGAACGGUUUGACGAACACGAUGGUCCCGUACGCGGCAUCGCGUUCCACCCGACACAACCACUGUUCGUUUCUGGUGGCGACGACUACAAAAUCAAAGUCUGGAACUACAAAACGCGUCGUUGCUUGUUUACAUUGAACGGCCACUUGGACUAUGUACGAACCGUCGCCUUCCAUCCUGAACACCCGUGGGUUAUCUCGGCAUCAGACGACCAAACGAUCCGUAUUUGGAACUGGCAAUCGAGAAGCUGUAUCGCCAUCCUCACCGGCCAUAAUCAUUAUGUCAUGUGUGCGCAGUUUCAUCCCAAGAACGACCUGGUUGUAUCGGCAUCGAUGGAUCAAACGGUCCGCGUGUGGGAUAUUUCGGGACUGCGCAAAAAGAAUCAGGCGCCCACGCCAAUGAGUUUCGAGGAUUCGCUAAAUCGUCAGAGUCAGGCUGACUUGUUUGGAUCGACGGAUGUGAUGGUGAAAUAUGUGCUCGAAGGACAUGAUCAUGGUGUGAACUGGGCCUCGUUCCAUCCCACGCUGCCUCUUAUUGUGUCGGCUGGUGAUGAUCGUCAAGUGAAGCUUUGGCGUAUGAGUGAAACGAAGGCUUGGGAAGUGGAUAGCUGCCGCGGCCAUUACAACAAUGUCUCCAGUGCCAUCUUUCAUCCACGUCAGGAACUCAUUUUGUCCGAUGGUGAAGACAAAUCGAUUCGCGUAUGGGACAUGACAAAACGCACCUCACUGGCAACUUUCAGAAGAGAUCACGACCGUUUCUGGGUUCUCAUUGCACAUCCUGAACUCAACUUAUUUGCAGCAGGUCACGACAGCGGCUUAAUUGUAUUCAAACUCGAACGUGAGCGUCCGGCUUAUCAAGUGCAUCAGAACCAAGUGUUUUAUGUCAAGGAUAAGAUCAUCCAUAUCCAUGAUCUGAGCAGUGGCGCCGACCAAGAAGUCCUCAGCGUUCGCAAGCUGGAUUCCCCAUAUGUCGCUCCGCGUACUUUGUCUUAUAACCCUGCAGAACGCGCUGUUCUUGUUACCUCGCCCCACGAUGGCGGUGUCUACGAACUAUACCAUUUACCCAAAAACAUCUCGGGCAGCCUAAAGGAGCCCUCAGACGAAUCCAAACGCGGUGAGGGCCAAGCUGCCUUGUUUAUUGCGCGCAACCGCUUUGCGGUAUUCGACAAGGCUGGGCAGCAGGUCCAGAUCCGAGAUCUAUCCAACAACCCUACCAAGUCAUUCAAGACGCCAGGCCAAGUCAAUGACAUUUUUUAUGCAGGCACUGGCGGGCUCUUAAUGUCGACACCGACGUCGGUGAUUCUGUAUGAUAUCCAACAGCGACGCGUUUCGGCUGAGCUGCCGGCAACAUCCGUCAAAUAUGUUAUCUGGAAUGCCGAUAUGUCCAUGGUUGCUUUGCUCAGCAAGCAUUCAAUUACAAUUGCCACCAAGAAUUUGAAGCAAGUCUGCCAAGUACACGAGACGAUCCGUAUCAAGAGCGGCACAUGGGAUGACAGCGGAGUGUUCAUUUACUGCACAUUGAACCAUAUCAAAUAUGCUCUUCCACAGGGUGAUAGUGGCAUCAUCCGGACGCUCGAGCAGCCGGUCUAUUUGACACGUGUCAAGGGCAAGACGCUCUAUGCACUGGACCGUGAGGCUAAGCCGCGCACCAUCAAGAUUGAUCCAACCGAAUAUCGCUUCAAACUGGCACUCGUUAAAAGACAGUACGAAGAAGUGUUGCAUAUCAUCCGUAAUUCCAACCUGGUCGGUCAAUCCAUCAUUGCUUACCUGCAAAAGAAAGGCUACCCCGAGAUUGCAUUGCAUUUCGUACGCGAUCCUCGCACGCGGUUUGAGCUCGCCUUGGAGUGUGGCAAUCUUGAUAUUGCAGUAGAAACUGCAAAGACGAUAGAUCAGCCCGAUUGCUGGGGCAAACUAGGCUCGGAAGCACUGCGACAGGGCAAUUUUAAGAUUGUGGAAAUGGCGUAUCAGCGGACCAAGAGCUAUGAUCGGCUUUCGUUCAUGUACCUCGUGACAGGCAACGAAAACAAUCUUAAACAAAUGCUCAAGAUUGCCGAGCUUCGUAGCGAGCCCAUCUCCAGCUUCCAGAAUGCGCUGUAUCUCGGGGAUGUUGAAGAGCGCGUCCGGUUACUCGAGCAAGUCGGUCAAGGCCCGUUGGCGUACUUGACAGCCAAAUCACAUGGUUUAACAGAAAAGGCAGAGGCCAUUUUGGCACAGUCUGGCAAGGACGAAAGCCAAGUCCAGCUUCCUAGUGCUGCCUGUGAAUUGCCUGCUAUUCCCAAGCCAGUGGUGCAACUGGAAGAUCCCAACUGGCCGCUGUUGACUGUAUCCAAAAGCUUCUUUGAAGGCGCGUUUGCUGCUGCUGCCGACACGCCAUCUGCAGCAGCAACUGGAGUACCCAGUUUCACAUACGAUGAAAAUGUCGACGAAGGAGCGGGGGAUUGGGGCGUGGAUGACGAUGAUGACUUGGGUAUUCCCGGCUUAUCCAGCAAGACACCUGCCGAGGAUGAUUUGUUUGGCACACCCGAACCAGGACAGGUUGGAGGCGUAGAAGACCAAGAUGACGAAGAGGGUGGAGGCUGGGAUCUGGAUGACGAUAUCAAGGCUGAUCUUGACGCCGAGAUCAGCCAAGCUGCUGCACAGGCUACGGCUGAAUUUGUGGCACCUACGGCCGGCACUAACGAAGCCGCCAUCUGGAGCCAGAACUCGCCGCUGGCUGCCGAUCACAUUGCUGCCGGCUCCUUUGAAAGUGCCAUGCAAGCCCUCAACCGUCAGAUCGGCAUUGUCAACUUUGAACCGCUCAAACAACACUUUCUCUCCAUCUAUCAGGCCUCGCGCAUCAGCGUAUCGUCUGUGGCUUCUAACCCUAACCUCUUUGCGCCUAUCCGCCGCAAUCCCGAAGAAUCCAACAUUCGGUCCAGUUGCCCCGUGGUCGUGUACAGCUUUGAGAAUCUAAAGUCAAAUCAGCUGCAGCAAGGAUAUCGUCUUUUUACAAGUGGCAAGCUCGUAGCUGCUGGUGCACAGUUCAAGCAGCUGCUCCACUCUGUUCCGUUCACGGUCGUGGCCAACAGCGAAGAAGCAAGCACGGUCAAUGAACUCAUUGAUGUAUGCCGAGAAUAUAUUGUUGGUCUCCAGCUCGAGCAGGAACGUCGUGCUGUCACGGGCGGUGCUGGCAAGCGCACGUUGGAGCUGGCGGCAUACUUUACGCACUGUCAAUUAGACGUUCGACAUUCACAGCUGGCGCUUCGCCAGGCUACCAAGCAAGCAUUCAAGCUCAAGAACUUUAACACAGCAUCUCAAUUCGCACGUCGACUGUUGGAAUUAGCACCACCCAAGCCAGUAGCAGAUGAGGCACGGCAAAUCCAAGCAGUGUGCGAGCGCAACCUCAAAGACGAGAUCGAGCUCAACUAUGAUCAAUACAAUCCGUUUGUUGUGUGCGGUAUCUCGCUGGAGCCUAUCUAUCGGGGAUCACCCACGGCGACAUGUCCCUAUUGCCGCUCAUCAUUCAAGCCCGAACACGAAGGAAAGCUGUGCACGAUCUGUGAGCUGUCGCAGAUCGGCGCCAAGGCAUCCGGUCUACGCAUCAUGAUCUAA